AUGGCCCGGAAGAAGAAGCAAUCAGAGGGCAACGCCCAGCUGAAGAAGAAACAACAACAGCUUGAAGAGUAUUCGCGACAAACGCUCAACCACAUCGCGCUGACCAACAUUGAUCAGAAAACUGGCCAGGUGUUCUUCAACUCCGCCAUCUGCUCAGUAUACAAGUUCUCCAUGACCUCCAACAGCUGGGAGAAGAUGCCUGUGCUGGGCACAUUAUUCAUCUACAGUCGGCGAGUGACUCCUGAGGACGAGACGGAUCCCUACCCUUAUGCCCUCAUCAUUCUCAACCGAACUAGUCCCGAGAACUUCUCCCUCGGCCUAAUUCCUCAAAACGUCUCUUAUUACACAAACGCAGGCGUUCAGAAGGACACCAACGACAUCCCAGAGAUGAACAGCAGUUUGGAAGACUCCUUUAUCAUGGUUUCGGCAAGUGAUGGCCAGAUGUAUGGUCUUUGGCUGUUUGAUGAGAAAGAUAGAGAUCCGGCAUUGAGCCUGAUCAACUGGUGUCUUCAUGAGAGUGGUCAAACCACGCAGCAGACCCAGCAAACACAACAGACACAGCAGACACAGCAGACACAGCAGACACAGCAGACACAGCAGACAACGCAGACAACGCAGACAACGCAGUACGCAAACUAG